AUGGCCAUCAAAGACCCUCCCAAUGGUGUCAAAGACACCAAUGGAACCAGACCUCUGGCUCCCGAAGGCUCCCUCGCCUCUUUCAAAAACUUAUAUCAAGGCCCUCACGACAGCAACGCCAAGUGGACGUGGCUAGAUAAAGAGCCGGAGGAUGUUGCUGAAGCUGCCGAAAAUGAGGAAACAGCGCAGCAUGCCCUCAUUACACGUCUUCAAAACCCAACGACUCCCGCAAGAACCCUUGCUGAGAUUCUGAAGGACUAUCCCGGGCUCCAUUGCGGACUGAAGAGAUUGGAGUUUGAGGCGCCGUUCAGCCCAUUCGUUCAUCGCUGGCCAGAGUUGCUUGAGUUCAGGGCCAGGAAGGAUCUCGAUGCCGUUACUGCAGAACAUAUUGAGCUGCUGUACGACGUCCUUAAAGCCGAGCUCAAAGACGUCAUCAAGACACUCGAGGACUACGUGCAUCACGGCAUUGUCACCUUCGAUCACGUUUGGACAAUCUACCAGCCUGGCUCAACCAUCUAUUCGGAUUCUCAUAAUGGUACCCACGGCGCUUAUCGACUGAGGUCGGGAGCAUAUGUCGAGACGCGAUGCGGUAAAGCAUACCAGCUUACCGUGGAAGCAAUCGACUGGAACGGCAAUCAGUUCGGUCGUAGUGUUGAAUCAAUCCAGCUCUGGGAGUUCCUUGGUACAACCCGCAUAUUGGGUUUGUCUGCAUUCCCCUUGUCUUUCCAUCCUCAUGAAGACAAGGUCAAAGAGGUAUUGAUUCAUCGCGGCAAGAAGUUUGAAGAGCUCGCUGGAUGCCACUACAAAGCGUACGAUGGCUUUGCAAUUUCGUGGGACAAAGAAGGGAAAGAGGUCCCAUAUACAUGCAACGGUCGUGUUAUCGUUGACUCGGACAGUUUCAGGCGCUUCUCGCCUCGCUUCUUCAGAAAGAUUGAACCUCUCGCCGCGAAAGAGGGCGUGCGAGGGCCUGAAUGUGCCCCAGAGAGGCCCAACAUCGAGGAGCCUGGUGUUACGAAGCACGUUUUCGGUCAGCAAGCGAAGACUGAACGACUACGCCUCACCGAAGAACACCAUCUAACCUGCUUGCCGCGGGUUCGUGGCUACUCACUCAAGAAGAAGCAGUGGCUGCUCUUCUAUCUCGAGCAAAUCAAGGACAUCAAGUUCAAUCAAAAUGCCUUUGGAUCUUUGGCCCUUCCAGAAGAUCAGAAAGAAUUGAUCCUCUCCUUCGCGGAAUCGCAAGCUAUGAACCACAACACCUUCGACGACGUUAUCAGCGGCAAGGCGAAGGGUCACAUCACGCUCUUGAGUGGACCACCCGGAGUUGGCAAGACACUUACAGCUGAAUCCGUAGCUGAGCAUAUGCGCGCACCGCUAUUUAUGAUGUCAGCUGGCGACCUUGGAAUCAAUCCCGAUGUCGAGUCCAAGCUAAUUAAUAUCCUCGAAAUGAUCGCAAAAUGGAAUGCCGUCCUGCUCCUAGACGAAUGUGACGUUUUUCUCGAGGCACGCUCAACGCACGACCUCGAGCGCAACAAGCUCGUCUCCAUCUUUCUGCGCGUGCUCGAAUACUACGAGGGCUUGCUCUUCUUGACCACGAAUCGCGUUGACAAUAUCGAUGCUGCAUUCCAGUCACGCAUUCACAUCAGCAUGGCAUAUCCAGACCUCACCACGGAGUCUAGGCGCCAUAUUUGGGAGAAUUUUCUGGGCGGCCUAGGUGUGCGCCAGGAGUGGAAGAGUCAAGACUUGGAUGAUCUUGCAAAAGUCGAGCUGAAUGGUAGACAGAUCAAAAAUGUACUCAAGAGCGCAGCGCUGCUUAGUUCAAGGAAGCAGGACAGGCUUGGAAGAAAAUAUGUGGACAUGGUACUGGCUAUUGAACGGCGAAGGCCGGGGGUCGCGGAAGGGUUCUAGGGGAUCUUGCCUCCUGACGACUGAUUGACCAAACUCAAUCUGAACGGUUCGAAUGCGCAAAGCGGGAGAAGCAAUUGGUUUGAUUUUGAACAAUAAUAGUAACAAGG